GUGAAAUUGAGCUCGACACGUCGAGAUGACACCGGUGAUGUCGAUGACAUUUUCACACAUAUUGGUCAGCAGUACCGUUAGACAAUCAGCCAAGUAGGACUUUUAGCGGUAAACAUCAGUCAAUCGUCGCCCAUCCGUAUUCAUCAACGAUGGAGUCUUUGUACCACCAAACCAACAAACUAUUGCACGAAGUGCAAGGCGACUUGGGGAAGAUGGAACGCUGCCCAGCUGACAGUGUUCACAUUAUCGAAAAUGAAGUUCAGGCGAAGAUUGAUCACGUUAUAAGUAAUUCAGAACGACUUACGAUGCUAGUCAACAAAGAACCCCCAACUCGCAGAGCAAACGCCAAACUAAGAGUGGACCAGCUGAAGUACGACUGUCAGCACCUCCAAGCUGCCCUGCGCCAAUUACAGCAUAAAAGAUAUGUUCGAGAAGAAGAAGAGAGGGAAAGAGAGGCUCUUCUCACAACAUCCUUCACCGCCAAUGAUGACACGUCCAUCUUUAUUGACGCAUCUGUUCAGCAUCAUAGCCGGCUUCAAAAUGCCCACCGAGGGUUGGAUGAUGCGAUUGGCUCCAGCUCUAGUAUCUUGGAGAAUCUUCGGGAUCAGAGAGGUACUCUGAAGGGAGUUCACAAGAAAAUUUUGGACAUUGCUAACCAUCUUGGUUUGACUAAUACAGUGAUGAGAAUUAUUGAACGAAGAACUGCUCAAGAUAAGAUUUUGUUCUUUAUUGGUGUCAUAGUCACAUGUAUCAUUAUGUAUCUUGUGUGGAAGUAUUUUUCAUAAGUCCGUUGUUGCCUGUGAGAUAUUCCAUUGCCAUGUCAUUCAAUCAGAAAUAAAUUAUUGUUGUUAAAUGCUUUUUUCUUA